AUGGCUGACUCAGACAUGUGCGCCGACAAACGCUCGAACAUGCGACAGAGUUUGAGUCCAGCCUUCGACGAUCCACGGCAAGACUCUCACACACCAUCAGCAAUCCGAAAGCGCAGUGAGUCUGUCGAUAAUGAGCCCGCAGAGCUCGAAAUUUCGGACUUCUCAGACGAGCCUGUCGGCGAUGACCCAAGGACAACAUCUUUCUACAUUGAUCCGCUGCAAGACUUUCAGACACCACUGGCAAUCCGUAAGAUCAGCGAGUACAUCGACAAUAAGUCCACAGAGCUCGAAGGCCGAAUUCGAAAAAUUUCGGACUUCUCAGACCAGCCGAUCGGCGAUGAACCAGAGAUGGUAUCUCUCUAUAUUGAUCAACGGCAAGCACUAGUCGACGAGGUAGAGGCGCAUUACAAGGAAUCCAGGAAGAUCGCCCGCGAAGCCUAUACGGGACAAUCACAAGGCAUUGAGGAGCUUCAGAGGGCCUUGACACAGCUCGACGAUACUCAUAUCAUCUUGAAAGAGAGGACUGCGCUAGCUGCCAACAGAAUGCGAGUUCAAUAUAGCGUACUUGGUCGCCGAAGCAGUGGCAAAAUCGGCAAAGCGUAUAUGAUGGCGAUUAAAAGAAAUCUCCCCGAACCCACACACCCCGACCCUGCAUGUUUGUUAUACGAAAAGCAGCCCGGAAGGUCAGAGGCCGAUCAAAUAUCAUUCAGAAAUAGACUUAUCAAAGCCUACAACCCCGAAGGUUCUAAGCUACUUACAGAGCCUCAAGAAUCCCAACUAGCUUGGUGUCCAAUUUCCGGGAAGGAAUUUCCAGCAGAAUAUAUCAAAGCAGUUCAUAUUAUUCCUUCCCCUAUUGGCGAGACGAACGCUGCUACAUACCUAUUCGGGGCCAAGCCGCGCGAAGGGUACGAUAUAAUCUGUUCAGAGAAAAAUGGUCUUAUGAUGGAACUACACUUGGAGAAGAUAUUCGACGAUGGACGAAUGCUCAUCAUGCCCGAUCCAACGGACGACAAUGAGUUCAUCAGUAUCGUAUUGUGUCAACAUCUGAAGAAGGUUCAUUGUUGGGCGAUCGAUGCGCCGUACGGCGCUCUCCAUCGGCGACGGCUUCAGUUUCGGACGGCCGCCAGGCCCGGAAAACGAUACCUCUAUAUGCACGCAUUACUCACGCUGUUCCGCCGGCGUCGAUAUAAUAUGCCUGGAUGGGAGACGGACCGAGAAGAAGUGUUUUUGGAAAUGUGGGCGACACCGACGAAAUGGGCGCGUAAGAGUAUGAUGGAAGUGCUGGCUGUGGAAAUGGGAGAUGAUUGGGGAAGUAUGGAGGGAUUGGGCCUUGGAGAGUUCCCUCAUGUAGAGCCACCCGAGGAGGAAAAGAGGAUGGCUAAGUUGGUGAAGUAUGCGUGGGAGGCUAGAGCUAGUAAUAUGGACGAUGAAGACGACGAUGACGAUGACGAUGAUGAAUAA